CAACUUUGACCUUGCUAACAAAGGUGUCGUUAGCAUUAUUAUAUGAGGUUCUCGCAAGAGAUUAUUCCCGAUUAUUUCUUUAAUUAACCCCUAAGAAGUCUAGCAUUCAAAUUCUUUGACUCAAUUUUAUUGUUUGUCAUUGAAAUGCUGGGUGGCUUUAUUCUCGAUAUAACUCGAUUUCUUGUAUUUUUUGCGAACAUAUAUGUACAUGUAUAUGUAUAUAUAUAUGCUCGGGUAUUUCAGUUAUCGGUUUAAAAAUAGUUUUGUGGAUGCAGGGUGUUCAUAUAAGUUUACUACAUUGAGAAUCGUACAAUCAUUAUUAUGGAUCCUUCAUUUAUGAUAAAGUUGAACAACAUAGCAGAAAAGUAUAAUUAUGAAUUUCGUGAUUGUGAUAUAGUUGAUUUAACAGAAUUUUCAGUCACUAAAACAGGAGAUUUCCUAUCAUCAUUACCAGAUAGUAUAUUAUCAGAUGAUGAAAAUGAUUGUGAUAUUGAAAAUAUUCAACCAUCUACAAAUAGAACAGGAUCUUUUACAAAUACUACUAUUGUCGGUACAUGUAGUGAUACAGAAAAAGAAGAAGAAAAUGAGGAAGAGGAGGAUGAGAAGGAAGUAACAAUGGAAAGUUCAUUAUUUAAUGAAAAUUCCAAAAUGGAUUUUAAUAAUGUAAAAGCUGCUUUAUGUUCAUUGGAAAAAUCAGUAUCUUCUUGGGAAAAGCGAAGAUUUGGUUCACUGAAUGGGUCAAAUUUAUAUACAAGCAAUAGUAGUAGUAGCAGCACUAAAAACAGUCCUAUCUCAGGUAGUGAUAGAAAUCAUUCAAAAGAUAGAAUAUUAUCACAUAUGAAAUCUAAUAAUCUACAUCAUAUUAAAAGAAUUUCACAUAAAGAUAAAUGGAAAUCACCUAUAAAACUAUCAGCAUCAAAACAACGUGUUAUUGAAUGGUUAAAACAACAAGAAUCAUUUAUGUCACAAUUUAUAAUGUGA